GUCACAUGAAAUGAGAAGAGAGAGAAGAAGUUAAGGGUGUCCCAUGCAACAACAAAACAUAAUCUCUGCUUAAAAUCACAACUCUCGCGCUCUCUCUAGGAAAAAGCCAUUUUUCUUUCAGUGCUCUCUCAAGGCUUUUACUUUUUCUGGGUAUCCUCCAUUUUCCAUUAGUUUUAGUGUUUGGGAGUAGGGGAGUGGAAGGGAGAGAGAGGCGUGAUGGAGCGGGUGAUGGUACAGGAGGGACCUACUGCUGGAUUUUUGGCGGGCAGAAACGGUCACCAUCAAUGAUUUUCCUUGGCUGGUGGUUGUGGUUCUCUCAAUGUCCCAUCUAAUCGCACACACUUGCUUAUUGCUAGCUAGCUAGAAAGAGUGAUUGUGUGUGGGGGAGAGAGAUCUUCAUAAAAUACCACCCUUUACUGUUCAAGCUUUUCUGGGUAGCCUCCAUUCUCUUUUUGUUUGUGUUUGAUCGAAUCCAAAAGAGGGGUUUGGUUGGUGUUGCCCUUUGGCAGCAGCAGCAAGGUUGGAAAGAGCAUUCCUUUAAGGUCCUUGGGUUGAAGAGGAAAUUGCAGAUCUCAUUCAUAUGAGGAGAUAUUCAACUCUAGUAUACGUGCUGCUGCUACUUGCAUUUUUCAGUAGUGCCCCAUGGUCUGUCCAGGGCAGCUCACAAUGCAAGCAGAUCAAUUCAGGGGAGAUUCGGCCUCACAGUGUCACUAUUACCGAAUUUGGCGCAGUUGGGGACGGUGUCACUCUGAAUACAAAAGCGUUUCAGAAUGCCAUCUUCUAUCUAAAUUCAUUUGCUGACAAGGGUGGGGCCAAGCUUUUUGUUCCUGCUGGGCGGUGGUUAACUGGAAGCUUCGAUCUCAUCAGUCACCUAACUUUAUGGUUAGAUAAGGAUGCAGUAAUUCUUGGAUCAACAAAUUCUGGUGAUUGGCCAGUUGUUGAUCCUCUGCCAUCAUAUGGCCGAGGUAGGGAAUUACCAGGUGGAAGGCAUCGAAGCCUCAUAUAUGGACAGAAUUUGACAGAUGUUGUCAUAACAGGUGAUAAUGGAACAAUUGAUGGCCAGGGCAGCAUCUGGUGGAACUGGUUCAGAAGUAAAACCCUGGACUAUACUCGGCCCCAUCUGGUUGAAUUGAUGAACUCAACAGGGGUAGUAAUCUCAAACCUAACCUUCUUGAAUUCACCAUUUUGGACAAUCCACCCAGUCUACUGCAGGUUUGUUCUUUCCAGAACAAUGAAAAUGAAUUCUCUUGUUUGUUGGAGUUGAGUUAAUUUUCAUUACCAUGUUAAAACUGUCAAAAGUGAAAGCAUUUAUGAAUUAGGGGGAGAGUUGAGACUCUUUUUCUGGAUGAACAGCCAUGUUAUUAUCCAGAAUGUCACAAUCCUGGCUCCUCUAGAUUCACCAAACACAGAUGGGAUUGAUCCAGAUUCUUCAGAAGAUAUUUGCAUUGAGAACUGUUAUAUUAGCACUGGUGAUGAUCUAAUUGCCAUCAAAAGUGGGUGGGAUGAGUAUGGAGUUUUCUUUGGUCGUCCCAGCAGAAACAUUACCAUCCACAAGCUCACUGGACACAAUCUAUUUGGCUCUGGUAUUGCCAUUGGAAGUGAGAUGUCUGGAGGUGUGUCUGAAGUUCAUGCAGAAAACAUCUAUUUUUUUAAUUCAAGCACUGCUAUCAUAAUAAAGACAGCUCCUGGAAGGGGUGGUUAUGUGAGAAAUAUCUACAUAUCAGACGUCACCUUGUCUAGCGUAGACACAGCUAUAAGGUUUAAUAGUAAUUUUUCUGAGCAUCCAGAUGACCAUUAUAACCGAAGUGCUCUGCCCAUCAUAGAAAGGAUUACAGUUAAAGAUGUCAGAGGAGAUAACAUAAAAGUUGCAGGCCUCCUUGAAGGUAUAGAAGGGGACAGUUUUCUCAGUGUUUGCAUAUUGAAUGUUACCCUCAAAGUAACCUCAGAGUCUCCAUGGAACUGCUCAUAUGUUCAAGGAUAUUCUGACUCAGUUUCUCCAAAACUGUGUAAAGCUCUGGAGGAAAGACCGCCGGAUGUUUCAGAUUGUUACAAAUACAAUCUAUCAAAUUAUUUUUGGAACUCAAGAAUUCGAAAGAGAAAUUCUUGGUUGCAUUCUUGGUAAAUAAUGGGUCACAAUGUUUGCUUUGUGUCUCCUUCUUUCAUGAAGUUUCAAUUUUAGAUGGAAUUUUGAUUCUUGCCAUUUCUCAACACAACUGCAGAUCACAUUGCUGAGAGAAUGAUGCCCGGCAUAAGAGGUUGAGACUUGAGAGGAAUAGCGUAAACAUGGUUGUUGACUUGUGAGUCAGUACUGGGUAAUGAUUGUUUCUUGUGAUUUUGUGUGCAGAGGCAAAUAAUUGAGUGAUUUGUCGAAGAAAUGAAAAUAGAAUGAGCUUAUUUCUUUGAAAUAACUCAAGUCAAGUUUUUUCCUCCUUGAUUUAUACUGAAAUUUCAAUAUAUGAAAAAUGUUAAAUUAUGUUAUAGGGAGUAGAAUUGUGUGUAAUUGCUUGAGGUUGUGUGCAGCUUUGAGAUUUUUUUUUUUUUUUUGGCCUUGAGCUUUGAGGUUGUCUAUUAAGGGCUUUUUCCUGGAAGGUUGCAUCUAUUGAAUGAAAGGUGGAGGCAAUUUCCGUUCUUUGGAAGGGUGUGUCGUUUAGGCUGUUAAUUUCUGUACCAUAUUGUUUAUUGCUUUGUGAAAAAAGUAUCUUCCCAUGU